AUGCUGAGGAAGUUCGUGGUCGAAACGUGGUUCUAUCUUUGGCGUAUAACUAAGCAAGACAAAUACCGCGAAUGGGCUUGGAACGUAGUUCAAGCAUUGGAGAAGUACGCCAAGGUGGACGCCGGCUACUCAGGAAUUCGUGAUGUGUACACUGUUGCGGUUCAGUACGAUGACGUGCAACAGUCAUUUGUGUUUGCCGAACUAUUCAAAUAUCUGUACUUGAUCUUUGCCGACGACUCGAUCUUGCCAUUGGACCGAUGGGUAUUUAAUACUGAAGCACAUCCCUUCCCAAUUCGAAGCUGA